UGACGUUGGUUCAUUUGCAUGUUUUAGGGUUGGCCAUGCUAAGGAAGGAGAGAGUUGAAACAAACGGAAUCAGCCUCAGACCUUAAACAACUCCAGAAACAAGAGUAGGACAUCGGCCUCCGGAGCCUUCCGCCUGACACUAGACACCGGGUGAUUGGCGCGUGCGGUUCUCAGCUCAGCCAUGUCGUACGUGAAGGGAGACGCCAACGGCUCACAGCCGAGAGACUUCAGCGGUCUCAUCCAGACAUGCGGCUCCAACAUCCACAAAAUCACACAGAACACCGCCCAGAUUAAAAGCAUGGUGAGCCAGCUGGGGACCAAACUGGACACCAGUGAGCUUCAGGAUAGACUGCAGCAGUUGCAGCACUACACAAACCAGCUUGCCAAGGAGACCAACAGACACCUGAAAGACCUGGGCUCCCUCCCUCAACCCCUGUCCCCUUCAGAGCAGAGGCAGCAGAAGCUCCAGAGGGACCGUCUGAUGAACGAGUUCUCUGCCGCGCUCAACAACUUCCAGGCCGUGCAGCGCCGUGCCGCCGACAAGGAGAAGGAGUCUGUGGCCCGGGCUCGUGCCGGCUCCCGCCUCUCUGCUGAAGGUGGACCCCAGGAUGGACAGCUGGUGUCUUUUGACAAUAAUCUAGAGGACUGGGGUCAGUCCGAGGCACAGACAGAGGAGGCGGCCAUAACCGAGGAGGACCUGGAGCUCAUCAAGGAGAGGGAGACCAACAUCCGACAGCUGGAGUCAGACAUCCUGGAUGUGAACCAGAUCUUUAAGGACCUGGCGGUAAUGAUCCAUGACCAGGGAGAAAUGAUCGACAGCAUCGAGGCGAACGUGGAGAGUGCUGAGGUGCAUGUGGAUCGGGGGACAGAGCAGCUGCAGAGAGCGGCGUACUACCAGAAAAAGUCCCGUAAGAAGAUGUGCAUCCUGGUGAUGGUGCUGUCCACCGUCAUCACCAUACUGGCCAUCAUCAUCUGGCAGGUCGCCAAAUGAGGCCUGGAGCACGGGCAGAGAAGCGUCCUGCUGUCCUUCAGCUUGCAGGGGGAGGGUAGGGCGUCAACAACACAAUACGCCAGUUUCAAAAGCGUUUUG